UAGAUUCUUCUUCCACUUUUGUCUAGAUUUCGUACAGUUUCGAUCCUUUGUCUCCAUUUUCUGCUUCUCUCUCUCUCUCUCUUCAAGAAACACAACCACACGGCCUCAUCAUGUCGAUGGUCUACGAUGAAUACGGCCGGCCGUUCAUUAUUCUAAAAGAGCAACAGGCCAAGGCCCGUGUGAAAGGCACGGAAGCGACCAAGUCGAACAUUCUCGCUGCCCGUAGCAUCUCCAACAUGCUUCGCACCUCGCUCGGUCCCAAAGGUCUGGACAAGAUGCUCGUCAGUCCCGACGGCGACGUUACCAUUACCAACGAUGGAGCCACCAUUCUAGAGCAACUGCACGUUGAUCACCAGGUUGCCAAGCUCAUGGUGGAGCUCUCGCAGUCCCAAGACGACGAAAUUGGUGACGGCACGACGGGAGUCGUCGUUCUGGCCGGAGCGCUCCUGGAACAAGCCGAGGUGCUUUUGAAAAAAGGCAUUCAUCCCAUUCGCGUGGCGGAAGGACUGGAAAAGGCCGCCGAUGUGGCCAUGCAGACGCUCGCCGAAAUCGCCGAGCCCAUGGACAUUGCCGUCAACAACCACGCCGCCCUCGUUGCGACCGCGAUGACCACACUCAGCAGCAAGAUCCUGCACCAACACAAGCACAAAAUGGCCGACAUUGCCGUCCGCGCCGUCCUGCAAGUUGCCGAUCUCGAACGGCGGGACGUCAACUUUGAGCAUAUACGUGUAGAAGGGAAGACGGGAGGGAGUCUGGAAGACGCCGAACUCGUCAACGGUAUCGUUAUUGAUAAGGAAAUCGCGCAUCCGCAAAUGCCCAAGAUUAUCGAAGACGCCAAACUCUGCAUCUUGACUUGUCCGUUCGAACCACCCAAACCAAAGACGAAACACAAGCUCGAGAUUGACAGCAAGGAAGCCUACGAACAGCUCUACCAACAGGAACAAGAAUACUUUCGGGACAUGGUCAAAAAAGUGAAAGACAGCGGCGCCAACCUCGUCAUUUGUCAAUGGGGCUUUGACGACGAAGCAAAUCAUCUACUGCUACAGAACGACCUGGCGGCCGUGCGUUGGGUCGGCGGGGUCGAAAUUGAGCAUAUUGCCAUGGCUACGGGUGGACGUAUCGUGCCGCGCUUUGAAGAAAUAUCGGCGGAAAAACUCGGACACGCCGGUCGCGUGAAGGAAAUUACCUUUGGUACCUCCGACGAACGCAUGCUGGUCAUUGAAAAUCCCGUCAAUACCACGGCGGUCACCGUUUUAGUCCGCGGCGGCAGCAAAAUGAUCGUCGAAGAGGCCAAACGCUCGUUGCACGAUGCCAUGUGUGUGGUGCGCAAUCUCAUUCGGGACAAUCGGGUCGUCUACGGCGGCGGCUCAGCCGAAAUCGCCUGUUCCUUGGCCGUCAGCCGAUUCGCCGACACUGUAACCGGUGUGGACCAGUACGCGAUUCGGGCCUUUGCCGACGCUUUGGACGACAUCCCGCUGGCCUUGGCGGAGAACGCUGGCCUCUCGCCGAUUGAAGAAGUGGCGGCCGCCAAGUCGAGGCAAGUCAAGGAAAAGAAUCCCGUAAUUGGGCUCGGUAUGGACGUGAUGAACGAAGCGGAUGGCUACCAUUCGGCCGAUAUGCGGGAACUGGGUGUCUUUGAAACGUUGAUUGGCAAGCAACAACAAAUUCAGUUGGCAACUCAAGUGGUCAAGAUGAUUCUCAAGAUUGACGACGUGAUUUCCAUGGGACCACAGUAG